AUGACAGAACUCAAUGGGAGUAAUAAUGAAAAAAAGAUACCCUCAUUAACAGAUCAUAGUGUAUUUUAUAGGAAAAAAAAACUUUAUGAAAAAGAUGAAACACCAUUAGAUUUCGAGAUGGAAUGGGAUCCAGAUCAUAAAAUAUAUACACCACCAACCUUGACACCAUCUUUAUUUAAACCAAAUUUAAAUAUAAUUACACAAGAUACAAUUGAAAAAAUGUCAAUUGAUGAAAUUCAAAUUAAAAAUAUACAAACAAAUAAUAAUAUAAUAACACCACCAGAUAAUAAUAAUAAUAGUAGUAAUAAUAAUACACCACCACUACCACAACAACAACAACAACAACAACAACAACAAAUAAAUGUAAAUAAUGAAAAAGAAAAUGAAAAAGAAAAAGAUAUAAAUGAUAUUGUAAAUAAAGUAACAAUUGAUGAUUUCAAAUAUAAUCAUCAACAACAACAACAACAAAAUAUAAAUAAUGAAAAAAAGGUGAAAAAGAGUUCUGCAAGUAUAGCAGGACAUGGUCAUCAUCCUCAUAAUCAACAAAUAGCAUUGCAAAAGAAACCAUGGUUUCAAAGAUAUGGUUUAAAGAAUAGCAAUAAUAAUAAUAAUAAUAAUAAUAAUAAUAAUAAUAAUAGUUAUUCACCAAUGUUAUCACCACCAAUUUUAUUUAAUAAUCAUCAUCAACAACAACAACACCAUCAAUUAUAUAAUAAUAAUGAUAAUUUUACAAAUCAAAGCAAUUCAUACAAAUUAUCAGAAGUUUUAGAAGGAUAUUUAUAUUUAAUAGUUAGAUUUCUAUUAAUUUGUAUUUUAUUUUUUGCUAUUUACAUUACAUUUAAUAGUAUAUUACAUGAUGUAAAUUUCAAAUAUAAACAAUACUCUGCAGAAUUGACCAAACAACUUGAAAAAUGUUCAAAAUUAUAUAGUGAAAAUAGAUGUUCACCACUUACUAGAAUACCUGCAAUGGAACAACAAUGUACUGAAUGGGAAUUAUGUAUUGCAAAAGAUCCUUCAACUUUACCAAAAUCAAAAAUACUUGCAGAGAUAUUAUCAGAAGUUUUAGAUAGUUUUGUUUCAACAAUGUCUUAUAAAACAAUAGUGUUUUUAAUUUGUAUUAUUUGGAUGAUGAUUUGGAUACCAAAUAAAUUAUUAGCAAACAAUAAUAACAACAAAAAUAAGAAUAAUAAUAAUAUAAAAAAUAAUAAUAAUCCUUUUUUAUCAUCACCUCAACCAACUCAAUCAAUUUUUGCAAAAAAUUUAUUUACAAUUGAACAAAAUGAUAUAUCUAAAAAUUUUGAAAGAAGAUUAAUCUCUGAUUGGAAUAAAUAA